UUAACUGCAUAUAUGGCGCAUGAAAGCGUUUCUCUCAGUUAUUUCGUGAGACACUAUCGUCUUCCAGCAGCAGUUCGAGUGCUUAGCGGUUCUGGACAACUGGAAGAAGGUGACGAAGUGACACUUCAGUCAGUGCAGUCUACACGAGGUGUUGAGGCCUUUCGCGGUCGCCAUGGAGAAAACCUGACUGAUUCUUACAUUCCGUUCAAGUAUAAUGGGAUAUUUGAGGUCAUAGUGGCUUCAGCAAGCCAGCCGUGGGCUAGUUAUCGCGACUUUCCAACGGUUGGGAGUGUCAUUCGGUCAGGAAGGGAACUUCCUCUUGCAGUAAAGGCGAGGAACGCCUGGCGAGGCUCGACUGAAUGUAACAGCGUCUACCAAAACGAUGUUCUGACUUCUCUUACUUUGAAAGUUGAUGGAACAGGUAGAACGUUUCUUGAAGCAAUCAACGGAAGAGGAUUGGUCAUCAAUCUACACGAAUCAGUUCGAGGCGAUUUCACUACCGAUUUGAGUGAUGUUCACUGGAGUAUUGACGAGAUGGUGAAACUGUUCGAGGCCAAGUUUCCCGUGCGCGUCCGUCUUCGAGCGACUCCUUCUGUGUACGACACAAUUGGCAGUGUAGGAGACAUAUUCACUCUACUGCGCGUGACGGUGAGGCAGGAAGUGAUGGUAAUUGGUAUUGGUGAUAAUUUUCAGGUCAUUGCUGAUGAUUCUGUAGACGUCAUAAUGCUUGACAGUACACCCGGUGCAUACACUAACAUUGAAGCUGUUGCUAGCUCAUCUUAUUCGAACCAUUAUCACGAUGAUAGAGGGUUAGAUGAUCCCUUGUACACACCUAUGGCAAACCCUUCUCCUGAAAUAAUGCAGAGCAUUUUGAGAUCCCACAAAGCGGAUCAUAAAGCUAUGGUGCAAAAUUUGAAUGAAACCAUAGAGAACUUGAAGGUCAAGUUGGUAAAUGAGCAGAGCAAAAACAACCAGCUGGAAACCAAGAUAGCAUCUUUAGAAACAGAACUACAGGUACAAGCACUGAGAUAUGCCCAAGAGAGACAGCAUGGAGAUGAAAUUAGAAUCUUAAAAGCUACAGUGGAACAACUACAAAUAAAAAAUCAGGAACUGGAGUCAAAGCUUCGUUUUCAGGCAGAGCAUAAGCAGCGAAACCACGACAUCAAUGAAACUGUAGUUCCUUUGGGAAAAUACCAGCAUACAAUACCAGUUGCUAUGGAAGGACCAUACCCUGAAAGACAGGAAGUCACUUCAGAGCUCACUUGUUUGCAAACAGGCACAAUAGGGUAUACUGACUUUGAUCAACCAACUAGAAAACCAUCUUCUGGUCGCAUUUCAUCUGUCUCACCUAUUCCUAAGCCUAGAGAGCGCAUUUCCAAGUCUGACUCAAACCCUCUGUCACCACCCCUUCCUCAGAGAAAACCUGUUUCUCAAUCCCCAAAGUCUAGUCUUCGACAGUCAACACCGCCAAUACCAGCAAAACGAAACUUCUGAGGCUCUUCGCAUGUGUACUAAAAGCAGUUGGAUUUCUGACGGAAAGGUUGUCUGCAUUCUGUUGGUAGUUAUAUUGUGGCUUGAUAGUUGCUUUUAUAGAAUUGUAGAUGAAUCAGUUGUAGAGAAUUUUUUAGCCAUAAUAUCAACAGGAAAACUGAAUUGUGUAUUACAGCUUUUAGCUUUUAUUGUAGUGAGACGUUUGCUCAUAUAUAUCCUAUUGAGCUCUUCUAUUACAGAAACACAGAAUAGACUUCA